GAGUUUCAGCGUGCUAACUUCUGGUGGAGAUUUCAGCUGGCAUUCAAAUAGCCUCUUACUUCCCUUUUUUCUUUUACUGUAUCUUGUAGCCUGCUGUAGCGUUUAGUCUGUUCCGCAAAAGGGUAUUUUACGCAGAGCACGGAGCGCACAGGCAACUUCACAAAGGAAGUGUCACUUCAAAGCAGUUUAGCCCAGUGAGUUUAUAUGAGACAGCCAAGACUGAAGAGGAGAGCUUGUAGCGCUUCUUAUGUUAGCCAAGCGCCACAGCACCUGUUGCAUUCAGCGGAAAAUAUAACCUACAAGUAGCCUACCGAUGUGCAAUCUACAGUCUUUACUUUCUCCGACAAGGGUAUGGAAAUAGCCUAAGGGACUUUGAAUGGAAACAUUCAUUCGGAUUUUAUACAAAUCAUGGCAUUGUGACAUUUUCACUUCUACACAAGGACUAAUGAGUAGGUGUGCAUCUUUCGUUGUUGUUGCUAUUCACCUGAAGAAAUAUGAAGUUUAACGGCUACCUAAAGUUAAGAAUUGGAGAGGCGGUGGAUUUAAAACCCACCAGCACGGCGCGCCGACACACAGUCAUGUUCAAUAAGACGAACCCGAGUCUUGACCCCUACAUAGUGGUCAAGGUUGAUGAGUUCAAAGUUGGGCAGACGCACACAAAGCUGAAGACCAACAUGCCCACCUACAACGAAGAAUUCGGUCUGAACGUGAACAGCGGUAAACAGAUCGAACUGGCCGUGUUUCACGACACGCCCAUUGGAUAUGAUGACUUCGUGGCCAACUGUUCGAUCCAGUUCGAGGACUUGAUGAAGACCACGAGCACCGAGGAAACCUUCGAGGGAUGGGUUGACCUGGAGCCUGAGGGAAAGGUGUACAUUCAGAUUACACUCACAGGCUCCUUCACUGAUGAGGAGGCAACAGGACUACCACGAGUCCGUAAGGAGUUCACGCGACAGCGGCAGGGGGCUGUACGGAGACGCAUCCACCAGGUCAAUGGGCACAAGUUCAUGUCCACCUUCCUCAAGCAGCCAACCUUUUGUUUCCACUGCAGAGAAUUCAUUUGGGGUGUCUUUGGAAAGCAGGGUUACCAGUGUCAAGUGUGCAGCUGCGUCGUGCACAAGAGGUGUCAUCAGCUGGUGGUGAUUGUGUGUCCACGCAUGAAGAAGCCAGCUAAGGAACCGACCACCAACCAGGGUUUCAGUAUUAACGUUCCCCACAAGUUCAGUGUCCAUAACUACAAGGUCCCCACCUUCUGCGACCACUGCGGCUCUCUACUCUGGGGCCUCGUCCGGCAAGGACUUCACUGCAAAAUAUGUAAGAUGAACGUGCACAUCCGCUGUAAGGGCAACGUGGCACCCAGCUGUGGGGUCAACAGCGUGGAGCUGGCCAACAAGCUGGCCGAGAUGGGGCUGCAGCCAGGAGACGUGGGGAAGCGAAACUCACUGAGCCAAGGGGGUGGUAGUGUAUACGGCCGUGAGUCCAGUCUCAGGAGGUUAGAUUCACGCUCACAAUCCGUUGACCAGAGCAGGCGCCUGGGAAUCUCAGACUUCACCUUUCUGCAAGUGCUUGGCAAGGGCAGCUUUGGCAAGUAUUUAGGAUCCAGUUUAACUGCAGCCAUUGUGAGUUAUGAUGAGGGCAUCAAACACGUGAUGUUGUGCCGGCUGAACAACAGUGAGCGUGUGUUUGCGGUAAAGGUGCUGAAGAAGGACAUCAUUCUGCAGGACGAUGACGUGGAGUGCACCAUGACUGAGAAGCGAGUGCUGUCCCUCGCCCGCACCCACCCCUACCUCACCCAGCUCUACUGCUGCUUCCAGACCCCAGACAGACUGUUCUUUGUGAUGGAGUUUGUAAAUGGCGGAGACCUGAUGUUCCACAUCCAAAAGUCCAGGAAGUUCGAGGAGGACCGGGCACGCUUCUACUCGGCCGAGAUCACCUCAGCACUCAUGUACCUGCACAGCAAGGGCAUCAUCUACAGGGACCUGAAGCUGGAUAAUGUUCUCCUGGAUAAGGACGGCCACUGUAAACUGGCCGACUUUGGCAUGUGUAAGGAGAACAUGUUUGAUGGCAUCACCACGGCCACCUUCUGCGGAACGCCCGACUAUAUUGCUCCUGAGAUCCUGCAGGAGAUGUUGUAUGGCCCCUCAGUGGACUGGUGGGCCCUUGGUGUGCUCCUGUACGAGAUGCUGUCUGGCCACGCCCCGUUCGAGGCCGAGAACGAGGAUGACCUGUUUGAGGCCAUCCUCAAUGAGGAGAUCACCUACGCCCCCUGGCUCAGCAAAGACGCUGUCAGCAUCCUCCAAGAGUUCCUGACGAAGAACCCCACCCGGCGUCUGGGCUGUAUCGCUGCAAAUGGCGGGGAGCAGGCCAUCGUGAGCCACACCUUCUUCGCCGAGAUCGACUGGGAAAAGCUGAACAGGCGGGAGAUUGAGCCUCCAUUCAAGCCUAGAAUCAAAACUGCGGAGGAUGUGAAUAAUUUUGACCCUGACUUCACGUCUGAGGAGCCCAUCCUGACACCCAUCGAAGACCCCCUCAUCGCCAGCUCCAGCCAGGAUGAGUUCCGAGAUUUCUCCUUCACCUCCGAGGAGCUGUUGUCCAUGUAGACUAUUGACCUGAAAAGGAGUGAAGGAGAGAGAGAGAGUUGGAGGUGGAGUGGAGGAGUGAAGGAGAGAGAGAGAGUCGGAGGAGGAGUGGAGUCUCUCAUUCAUGCCACUCCACUGCAAAGUAUGCCAUUUGUUGCACCGACUAAAGGCUACUUGGGUCAAAUGCAACAUAUUCGUCUAGAAGUCAAGGGUAUUCAACAAUCAUUGCCCAAAGUGUAUUUUGACUGUUAAAUUAUUAUUUUUAAAAACAAAAAAAGUGUGUCCUUUUUGAAACAAAACUGUUCAUGCAGUGCACAGUUUGUCUUUCUCUGUGUUGGUCUUUAAAGGCUUUAGAGAUAAACUCCUGGGUGGUCUGCUAGCAUUGUCAAACUGAGCAUAGACAGCACAGUCAUCAAGAGCCAAAUGCUUCCCGGUCCUCUAAACAGAGUAUAAAUCUGCAAGCCAGAGGCAUCAUCAUACUCAUAAUGACCAAGGUCCAGGGCGCCAGAGGAACAUUGUAAUUCAGUCACACACAGAUGCUGAUAAGAGACGGUCAGCUCUCGGUGUCCAAAGCUAAUCACAGUAGAAUGAUGGCAGGCUACUGAGAGAUCUCGGUUUGCUGGUGUUGUGGCCUCAGCUAAUCUGUGUAUUUGAUGAAAAGCUAGCUUUAACCAGUUAUAAACCAAGGCACCAUGUCAAUUCAGUUGGGUCAAAGUUGAAAUUGAGUCAAAAUUUCAAUUCAAUCAAGUGUAGCAAAUUGUAGUGCACUCCGUAAUGACAAAUUAAUUAAGGUGAUAAUCACCUCAUCUCUGGGUAUGUAGUCCACAAUCCCUCUGAGAUUCUCAGACUGUGGGAGUCAUGAACAGAGGUUGUGGGAGAAAUCAAAUAAGUGUUUUUGAGCUCUACCAUGCUAUCCAGUCAAACUGGCAUUUGUAUUACUCUUUAGCAUUACUCUGAAAUGUGUGUGUUUGUCUCAGACAGAGCCUCACUGUUCAACUGAAAGCUGAAAGUGUUUGUCACAUUUUGAAUGUGCCUGUGAACAACAUGGAUUGUGAAUUCAAAGUUCACUUGAGAAGUGGUCAGGUUUUUUUUUUUUGUCUCAGGUUUUCCUGUUGAGAAUAUUUUUUAUAAAUGUCAUUUUAAUGUUUGAUUUGAAUAAUAUCAGAACCUGUAACAGUUUAAUGUGUCUGUGGUUUGUGAGAUGUUUUACAUGCAGAAUCUUGUUUCAACAAUUUCUCCCUCCUUUCAAAAUACUCAGCUCAGCUAAAUCCCAAAGGCAGCCAGCCUCACAAGAAUUGUAAAGAGGCCCUGUGUUUCAUCUUGCAACCAUCAGUGAUCUUUCAGGCUGAGUGGUAGAUGGAGACAGUAGCUAGGACAGAUAACAGAACAUAACUAAACGAGAUUGUUGCUGAUGGAUGGAUCUCGUUUUGGAUAUUGCUGAGGGAGACAUACUUGUUUACCCCUCAGGAAUUAUUUCUGUUAUUUAUGUUAUUAAAGCCAUACCAAACCAGACAUGUA